AUGGACCGAAACAACCACACCAAAACUACACGAUGGCUGGCCAUUCUUGUACUCCUCACCAUGCAAAUACUCAGCGCAAACGCCGAUGUGGUUACCGUUUGGACCACGGUGAAAGUGCCCGCGCCAACACCAACAGCACCAUUACCACCAUCCUACACCUCUUUCGACCAGUUCAAGGAUGAUAUGUUGAAAGUCACGAACGAGUACCGCGCCAACCACGAUGCCGAUCCACUAAGAUGGAACGAAACUCUGGCCGAUUACUCGCGGAAGUGGGCAGAAGCCUGUAUCUGGAAACACUCGAAAAGUAGCUACGGCGAGAACCUCGCCUUCGGAUUUGACAAUGUCUCUGCUGCUGUUAUCGCCUGGGGCGAUGAAGGCGAUAUGUAUAACUUCGGCAAGCCGACAGGCUUCACUGAGGAAACGGGACAUUUCACUCAGUUGGUCUGGAAGGAUACUACGCAGGUUGGCUGUGCUGCUGUCAACUGUGGGUAUAAGAAGGAUGAUAAUGCCAAAAGAGAUAAUGAGGUCGAAGUACAAGAGGAUGCCUUCGAUGCCUUUGAAGGGGUGCUGAUGGCGCCUCGUUUCACCGAGGAUGAAUCUGAACAAGAUGGACUGGAAGGGCUGAAGGUUGCGGCGCGAGGCGAGCCACGGGCUCAGGGGUGGUAUGUUGUUUGCGAGUAUACACCUCCUGGUAAUGUUGUGGGCAUGCAUGAUUUCUACUUCAGGAAGAACGUCUUGCCAAAAAAGAGACCUACCGUUGAGUCGCCCUCGGCUUCUUCUGUUUCGUCCACGGCUUCCUCGACUUCUUCGACUUCUUCGCCUUCUUCCACGUCCGCGGCUGAGCCGUCAUCGAAUGCCGCAACAUCCACUACCACCGGGAGCCAGAGUCGACCUACGGGAAGUGCUAUGAAGUUUGCGCUGGACUCAACCUUGGGGAUGAUGCUGGUAGCAUUGGGAACGGUGGGAGUCGGAAGGGGUCUUUACGCUUGA